GGGGGGUAGGUUUUCGGGACUCCCAGAGAGACAGACAGCUCUGUUCACAAGGUAGACCAAUAUGGAACCGUGGAUCCGUCUCCUCUCCUUGACUCUGCUGUCCGGCUUCUUUCACGCUGAUGGUAGCUUGAAAGUGUUUCAGUCCUCGAGGGAUGCCAGUGCAGUCCUGAUGCGACCAAAGAGAGCCAAUUCCUUCCUGUUUGAGGAGUUCUUACAGGGUAACCUGGAGAAGGAAUGUAUGGAAGAACGAUGCUCCUAUGAGGAGGCCAGAGAGGUCUUUGAGAAUGACCAAAAGGCUCAAGCCUUCUGGACGGUGUAUUACGACGGUGACCAGUGCCAGUCCAACCCAUGUCUGCAUGGUGCCACCUGCACCGACAAGAUUGGGGGGUACAACUGUACCUGCACCGAACUGUACCAGGGGGUCAACUGCGAGAGGGAUGUAUCCCAGUGUCACUCUGACGGCCCCCUGUCCUGUGAACAUUUUUGUCAUCCUUCCUUCCACUCGUACAAAUGUUCCUGUGCAGACGGCUACAAGAUCCACAGCGACGGGAGGUCCUGCCUGCCUGAAGGUCCGUAUCCUUGUGGGAGGGCUCCCAUUCCAAGCCAUGCUGUCCCACAGCCGAUCCUGAGCAUCCUUCCCUGCCCACAGGGUCACUGUCCAUGGCAGGUCAGGCUGCUUCACGCCAACGGGGAGGAAUUCUGCAGCGGUGUCAUUCUGGGCCAGCACUCGCUGCUGACCACCGCCAGUUGCGUCUCUCAGGAUCCCAAUUUCCUUGUCAUCACUGGCCCAGGGGACGAAAAGGACCCCAGUUUGAGGAUGUCUGUGUCCAAGAUCAUCGUACACGACAAGUAUGAGAAUAACAGCGCGGGGAGUGACAUAGCUAUGGUGCAACUAUGGGAGCAUUUUCAGUACAGCCCCGCAGCGUUCCGGGCGUGCAUCGCGGAGCGGGACUUCAGCGAGAACGUGCUGAUGAAGGUCGGGCGCAAGGGCCUGGUGGGGAACCCGAGAUGGGGCUGUUCGGGUGACAGCACCCUGACACCCUCGUACCUCCCCCUGCAGCUCUGCCAGGCAGAACUGAACCUCACGUUCACUCUCACCAACAAGAUGUUCUGCACAAACACCCAAGAUGCGCCCAAGGCAGGUGGAAGCAAGGGUGACUGUGGCCUGCUACCUGGCACGCCCAUCGUCACGAUGGAGAAGAGGACUGCCUUCGUCACAGGGCUGCUCAUCUCACCCCCAUCACAUGAUCGUAGCAGAGGAUAUACCUUCACCAAACUCUCUCGCUACCAACCCUGGAUACAAAGUCAUCUAGAUAACACUGAAAAGUGACCAUGUCUCCUUUCGUGGAAGACCUCACCAUAUCAACUGUAGAUAUUCAUCACAGAUUCCAGAUAGACCCUCAUUUCAUUCCGAAUGUACUUGCUCCUAGUGUUUCGUUGUGUGUAUGUUAAUGAAGCUUUGCAUUUGCUGAAGGAUAACAAACAUUUCAGAAUUUUAUUUGACACUCAAAGUAGAAAACGCAAGUAUGAAACAAAAUGAAUAAUCCACAAAAAUAUUCACAGACACUCUCUGGUACUGCGAUUGUGUUAUUCUGAAAAUUAGUGGAGGAAGGAAGGCUGGAGGGAUGAUGGAUGCAAACAGGAAGCAGGGGUUUCUGGGUACUGUAGUUCAGGAUACAGUGGAUAGUGGGGGGAAGGGAUUUUGCUUGCUGACCACCAGUUUCUGGUGUUGGUGAGAUAUGUAGCCUUUUAUGUGACCCUAAAAAUUAAAGAAAUGGGAGAAAAAUGCUUAAAAAUAAACAAACAAUCUGAAGAAUCAA